GUUAAAGUAAGAUGUUGUUACACUGUGAUGAUUGAAGAUAUUGCUUCUAAAUCUCCAGACAGUGGCAUAUCUGUCAUCGCCGUAAACAAUCUUCAUCCACCUAAACUUAUGGUGGAUCGACGAGUGAUCACAGAGACCGAUUCAGUCACAUUGAACUGUCAGACUCCAUCAUCUGUUUCUGUUACUGAGUGUUAUUUCAUCAUUAUGAGAGGAAAACCUGCCAAAAGAUUCUCCUGUCUGAAGACGCUGAGUGGAACUGAGCUACUGUCAUUAACACAACAAAGUUUACCUGCUAAAGUUGAUGUGACAUGUUUUUACCUUUUAUCACAUCCAUCUCCACAGAGUGACAAAUCCACCAUCACCAUACAACUUCCUCGACCUGAACUGACAGUGAAUCCACUGAUGAUCACAGAGACAGACUCAGUCACAUUAAACUGUCAGACUCCAUCAUCCGUUUCUGUGACUGAGUGUUAUUUGUACUUCCUGAAAACAAGAAGUACCAGAACCAUCUCCUGUGUGGAAAACCUGGGAGGAACUGAGCUUCUGAUGACAGCACGUCAGAGUUCUCCUGCUGAUGUUAAACUAACAUGUUAUUACGAUGUAGAGCGAAGAGGAGGAAAAUAUUCAUCCUCACACAGCAACAUGUCCUCUAUCAGGAUACAAAAUCUUCAUCCACCUAAACUUAUGGUGGAUCGACGAGUGAUCACAGAGACCGAUUCAGUCACAUUAAACUGUCAGACUCCAUCAUCUGUUUCUGUUACUGAGUGUCAUUUCAUCAUGAGAGGAAAACCUGCCAAAAUGUUCUCCUGUCUGAAAACACUGAGUGGAACUGAGCUACUGUCGAUAACACAACAAAGUUUACCUGCUAAAGUUGAUGUGACAUGUUUUUACCUUUUAUCACAUCCAUCUCCACAGAGUGACAAAUCCACCAUCACCAUACAACUUCCUCGACCUGAACUGACAGUGAAUCCACUGAUGAUCACAGAGACAGACUCAGUCACAUUGAGCUGUCAGACUCCAUCAUCCGUUUCUGUGACUGAGUGUUAUUUGUACUUCCUGCAAACAAAAACUACCAGAAUCAUGUCCUGUGUGGAAAACCUGAGAGGAACUGAGCUUCUGAUGACAGCACAUCAGAGUUCUCCUGCUGAUGUUAAACUAACAUGUUAUUACGAUGUAGAGCAAAGAGGAGGAAAAUAUUCAUCCUCACACAGCAACAUGUCCUCUAUCAGGAUACAAAAUGUAAAAAGCUCAACAGAGUCAGCUUUCAUUGUGACCACAGACUUCACAGUCGGCACACCGCCGAGACCUUUAUUAUCUGCUUCCCUGACAUCAGUGAAACCUACAUCAGGUGUAAGCAUUGGUACGACGACUAACACUGUUAACUCACUCUCUACUUCCCUGACAUCUGUGAAACCAGCACCAGGUGUAAGCGUUGGUACAACGACUAACACUGUUAGCUCACUCUCUACUUCCCUGACAUCAGUGAAACCUACAUCAGGUGUAAGCGUUGGUACGACAACUAACACUGUUAACUCACUCUCUACUUCCCUGACAUCUGUGAAACCAGCACCAGAGACUGACUCUACAGAUGCUUUGACCUCAGAGUUUCCAAAGACUUCCCAGCCUCCAACCACAAAAACACAACAGUGGAAGUUUAUGUUUGUCAUUGGACCUGCUUUUGGGAUGUCUGUGGGCGUCAUUUUACUGGUGGCGGCAGUUCUCUGUUCCAGAAGAAGUGAACAACGUAUUUAUACCAGAUCUCAAGCCAAGUAUGCUGGUAAUGUUAUGCGCAUGGGGGAUUUUGACGUAGGAAAAUGGUUAUCUGCUGAUAAUAAUGAAGCCGACACUUUGACUCACUCUACCCCUGCAGCUGACUCUUCUAACGGGUUUGUGCAAGUGAGUACACAGAAGUCUGAAAGUGAGAAUGCUGACAUAUACCAUGUGUACUCCACCAUCCCUGAUGAGCCAGCUGCUUCAGCCCUGAUGGACACAGCUUACAGCACUAUACAACCACACUGAUGCACAACUUUUUAAAAAUAUGCACAAAGCAAAUGAGCCUAAAUAAAUAUCGCAAAUAUUAAAAACAGGUUUGAUCACCUGGAUACCUAGAUUACAUUUGUAUGUUAAAAUAUCAGUUAAAAGUUGACAGCCAAUCCUGGAGCUUAGCUAAUAUGACAGAGUCAUCUGUGAGAUUUCAUUCUAACUUAGGACCCAUUGUUAUACUAACAAUCAUAACUCAUUUCUUCUAUUAUACUGUACAUGAAAUCAUAUUCCAAUUAUGUAAUUUGUAAUCAAAAUUCUAAAAAUGAAAGAUAUUUUUAUUGCUGAUUGCUGACAUGUUAUUAAUGUUGGAAUUGUCUGUUUGCAGAGAGCUGUUUCUUUCAUAUUUUCUCCAUAAAUUCACCCGAUUGAGCCAGCAGAUUCUUAUAUAUAAUAUAGACUUCAUUUAUAAAAAAGCCAAAAAGACAUUCUGUGCAAAGUAUGACAUCAAAGCCACACUCAAAAUCUACAAGUGAUCAGCUUUGACAAGUUGUUUGAAUGUGCAUGACUUCCUUUCGAGGAGAGGGGGCUAAAGGGCAAGGGGAUGGAGGGGACUUUGGGGAGGGGUAUACCUUGACAGGUUGCCAGGCUAUCAUAUGUCUUAGAGACAAGGGGUGUGAAAUUUUCCCCAGCAUAAAUUGUGUAAUGUGUCCAAGACAUCUAAAAGUCAAAGGCAGUAAAACAAAGAAAAGUCAGUAUUAUUCUUUAUGUAAUGAACUGUUGUAAUGGGACCAAGGUUUUGUUAAGAAGUUAUUAUCUCUCCCCUCAUGUCAUCAAUAAUUUAAUCUGUAAUAAUUUAUAUGUAAAUUGUUUACAUAAUCUCAAACAUGGAAUAUGUUAUUUUGUUUGUACUCAGUUUUCUUGACAAACUUGUGCUUACAGAAAAUGGUUGCAUAUUUAUCUGUGGCCUGUGAAAUCUAUUAUUACAUUCAAGGGUUUGCUGUGGUUUCCUGGACCAGAAAGGUGCAAAGUGUCAAUAACACUUUGACAUAAUUCAGUUGAGCUCAAUAAAGUAGUUAACAAGUGGUAGAAAGGAUUUAUACCUCACCUAUACAGGUCUAGUAAAGUUUAGAUGGGGUCAGACAGGGGCACUGAUCAGGAAAAGGGUGGCACAAAUGAGACAUCCUUUUUUAAGGUCUUGAUUUGAUGUAAUUUUGAACUGAUUAUUACAACUAAAGUGAUCAUCUAAUGUAAAAAAAAGUGAAGGAAAAUGUGACAAAGGUUAAAGGUUAAUUAUUUGGAGUGCUAUUCUUGAAAUUCUGACUGACUGACCUUUUAUAUGCGUUUGAUUAUUAGAAAAACAAAUAAAAGACAGACUUUGUUCAAAAAACGAGUGAAUAACAUUUGAUUUUCUUUUGUUUCAGUUGCAGGAUCAGUUGAAGAAAAUGGGCAAGAUGCUGUUAUUAUUAUUAUUAUAAAUUAUCAUUAUAAAUUGGACUAUGGUGGCUCAUAUUAUGUUUUAAUUGGACUUUAUUUAGAUUACAAUGAACUGGGUUAAAUUUGCCUGUAUCUUAAAAAGUACUUUGAGAUUACUAUGUCUUAUUGUUAUUAAAUUAAAAGUUUUAACAUAAAGAUACAUUUGUAAAGUAUUUAAAUGCCACUAUUUCAUCCUCCAUCAUAAUUUGUAAAAUACUUAAGAUAUUUUCAUGUUAGCAUUUAAAUCAAGCUUCUCUUAUUUUCAAACUAUACCAUUAAACUGUGUAGGGCUUCAGUCCACUUUGUCUU